UUCGAUUGAUAAAAAUUUAUUGAUAUAUACACGAUUUAUUAAACAUUUAAAUUAGAAUAAAAAUUCGUACAUCAUAUGCUUGGAAUAAUUUGCUAUUUUUACUAUUUAAUAAAUUUCAAUUAUACAAAGUUGUAACUUGACAUUAUUGAUGUUUACAGCGUUUAUAGUACAACAGGUAUUGUUUGGAUUCAGUGACCAGUCACUAACUAGUAAUUUAUUAUCUAGUAAAUUAGUACCGAAUGGGUCCACACAAGUGCAAAUUCGGUUUCUCUGGGGAAAAUGACAGCCAAUGAGAACAAGACCUCACUAGGAAUAUUGUGUGCCAAUCAAUGAAUGUUAUUGUUAUUGCGAAUGAUAGGGACUAUUUUCUCUUGGUUGUCAUGUUGCCCAGGCUAGCCAGAUUUAUUCUCGAGUGCACACUCGUAAAAAUGCACAUUUUAUGAUGUAAACACUAAACGUUAAAUGUUGACUAAUGUUUUUAAUAAAUUUUGUGAUGAAUGACCUAUAAUCAUACCAAAUAAUAUGACUACUUGGAUCACAGUAACACCGCGACUUGAGCAAGGUCUGAAGAUAGCAAAUCAAAUAGACAGCAGCAAAUUUCGAUUGCUCAUCAAUCGUAUUUGUCAGACUCUGCAAUCUGAUGUUAAUUCCAAAAUAUUUAGCGAAGAAGAGGAAGAAAAGUUAUUGGUUUCUUUGGAUUUGAAUAAAGAUGACUUAGUUUGUCUCUUAGAUGCAUUAAUUUUGUUUUAUAAACAAGCUGCAUGUAAUAUAAUAAAAGUGCAAUCUUUGGAAAAUACUUUAAAAGAUACUUUUAAAAUAGACGAUGAUAAAAUUCAAAUAUUUUUAAAUGCCUGGGUUACAUAUGGUAAACGCAUCAUUGAUAAUUUUAGGCAGAUUUCUAUAUUUCCUACACAGGUAAAAGACAUUGAUUGGUGUUUAAAUAUUCAAGCUGCAUCCUCUACUAUCAAGAAAGAUGUACGUCCAAUGGCAUUGAUGCAAUUAAACUUGACAGGAGAGGAUCAAUCUAAAUUAACAGUUGAAUUUGAUAAAAAGCAGCUGAUAAAUCUGUAUGAAAAUUUAGAAAAGAUACAAUCACAAUUGGAUGCUCUUAAAUGAUUCUUAAUUAACUGUUAGAUUUAACUUGAAAUAUAUAUUUUAUAUUAUACA